UGUCAGCUCAUGCACACUGCUUUACAUAGAUGUGCACAGCACAGCCAUACAAGCAGUGUGCUUACAGUGAAGCACAAACACACCCAGCACACAGUUAACUCCUUGAUCGCCCCUAUAUUAACCCCUUCCUGCCCAGUGCCAUUAGUACAGUGUCAGUGUUUUUUUUUAGCACUGAUCACUGUACUGGUGUCACUGGGGAUGUCAGUGACACCAAGUCAGUCCCCCCCCCAGUGUCAGAAUGCCCGCCAGAGUCCCACUAAAAGUUGCUGAUUGCUACCAUAACUAGUAAAAAUUAAAAAAAAAAUCCAGUAUAUAUACCGCCAUUUGUAAAUGAUAUAACUUUCAUGUAAACCAAUUAAUUUA